UUAUGAUAUAUCCAACGGUGCCUCUAGGACCUUGGGCCCAAUACUCUUCGGCCAUAGAGUUGAGGGUAUUUGGCAUACGAGCAUAGUCGCAUUCAAUAAGGAAUGGUGGUAUGGUGGCAAUGUAUUCCGUAGUGUACCGGAGACUACACCCUUUGGAACACCUAUCAAGCGUAUCCAACUCGGCUACACCCUCCAUACUCAGCGGGAACUCUAUAAUGUGCUAGUGGAAAGGCUGUCCUUGGAGUACACUCCGGAGAGCUAUGAUGUUAUGACCAACAACUGCAAUAACUUCACUAAUGAUGUGUCGAUGUUCCUACUACACAAGGGUAUUCCACAAGACAUAUUAGACUUACCCCACCGGCUCAUGAGUAGUGGUCUGGCUAGGAUACUCAGACCCUUCCUUAAUCAUUGGCUUGGUGGCUUCGGUGAUGAUGGUGUAUCCAAUGAGGAGAACCUUCUACACAGCCUAGCUGAUAAGCUAGCAUCUGGUGACCUAUCUGCCGUCAACACUAUGGUUCAUUACUCACCACAGGAGGCUGGUGGUUCACCACAGAUUGUACAGAUAACUGCAGUGAAUAGGAAAAAGAAAACUGCUACUGUCAGACGUUUCGAGUAG